AUGGAGAACAUGAACUCGUUUGUGGAAUACUCCAUCUGUAACAGAGCGGGGCCCGGCGCUUAUUCUGCGCCUAAACCCGGAUACCACCACCAUCCUCUGCAUCACCAUCCUCUGGAUCAGGGCUUCCCGGUGACCUCUGGCUCCUUCCAUACGGGACCCAGCAGCUCUCCAGCUCCCGUAAACGGGACCAGAAGCGAAACAGGCGCCGGGGCAGCGGGUUACACCGGGGAUGGGCGUCUGUACGGGGGCUCUGGAGGUGGAGGAGAGCAUCCACAGCAACAUCACGAACAUCAGCAGACACACAACGGCUACCACCACCAUCACCUUCAGACACAAAGCGGGACUGUGUAUAAUAACGGGACCGGGGGCAGCACCGGGGCUUACGCGGGCCAGGCGUGCGCCACGGAUUACACAAACGCGAUAGGCCCCCCCAACACGGUACAUUCCCAGUACUUCAUGGAUGAGUCAGCGGCCUCCACUUACUAUCAUCAAUCAACCUACCCCAGCUCGGCCCCCAGCUACGGGGCCCUGGCCGGGGCCUACUGCGGGCCUCAGGGCGCUCUGGCCGGGUCUCAGUACCCGCAGCAGCUCGGCGGGGGUCUGGACGCUGCGGGCUUCCUGGGCCUUCCACACGGAGGAGGUUACGGAGAGCUGCCGGUGACCCAGGACCGUGGGAAUGGGGAGGAGGAGGGCCAGCAGGCCGGGCAGGGGCAGACCUUCGACUGGAUGAAGGUGAAGAGGAACCCCCCGAAAACAGUCAAAGUGUCGGACUUCGGCCUCGCGGGCGCGCACAACAACGCCAUGCGCACGAACUUCAGCACGCGGCAGCUGACGGAGCUGGAGAAGGAGUUUCACUUCAGCAAGUACCUGACGCGGGCGCGGCGCGUGGAGAUCGCCGCCACGCUCGAGCUCAACGAGACGCAGGUGAAGAUCUGGUUCCAGAACCGGCGCAUGAAGCAGAAAAAGCGCGAGCGCGAGGGCGUCUCAUCCACAGCGCGCUCCUCUGGUACCGACAGCGGUCUCAAGGAGCUGGAGGACACCGACAACUCCUCCGUGUCCACGUCUCCAGGCGCGUCCCCGAGCUCGGAGACGUAG